AUGAGGGGGUUUAGUUGUGGCGUAGUCUAUUUUUUAUUUCUGGGGACAUUCGCCCACUUUGCCAUCGAUAAUGAGCUCACGGGAGAACCUGAGGUCGAAUGUGAAGAAGGAAUGGUCUCCUUGACAUUCAAAACCAAAAAGCCGUUUACUGGCAGGGUGUAUGUACAAGGACAGGCUGAAGAUGAGAAAUGUUCACGAAAUUUUGCAAGGAAUGCGGACCAAUCUACGGUAUCCGUUAUGAUACAAAACGGAGACUGCACGAUGUCGCGGCAAAGGGUGUCGGGCUCCAUUGAGGUAAGGCCGAAGUAGAAAAGGUUUAUCCUCCAGGGCAUGAUGGUUUCACUGACCAUUGUUGUCUCAUUCCACGGGACAUUUGUGACCAAAGCCGACCGAGCUUACAGAUGCAUGUGUUUCUUCAAGAGCGUUAAGAGGCUCUCUAAUGUCAUCGAUAUUGAUUCAGUCCCGACUACUGAACUCAUGAACACAGUUCCCAGUCCAGAAUGUGAAUAUUCCAUUAGAUCUGGUUCUCCCGAUGGCCCUCCGAUGUCGUAAGUACCUACUAAGACGAACGGUAAUGCUGCCUUAUAUAGACUUGGACAUGUUGGUGAUAGAAUUUUCCACGUUUGGUCGUGUAACUCUCCGAUUCACAACUUUCUUGUUCACUCUUGCACAGUCGAUGAUGGAAGAGGUCUUCGGUUUGAUUUGGUAUGGCAGAGAUGGUUAUUUAAUUUAAAUUCAGCUUGACAUUGAUGGUUGUGCGAUCGAUCCAAUCAUCCAGCCAGAUGUUGUGUACGACUUGAACGGGAAACGAGCUAGUGUUGAGACUUUCGGCUACAAGUUUAGUGACACAGCCGUCCUCAACUACCAAUGUGUCAUUGAAUUAUGUAAAAUCAGUUCAGGGGAAUGUCGAGGGCUAACUCCACCGUCUUGUGGCCGCGUAAAGAAACGCCAUAUCUUCAAGAGACAUGUGGACAACAACAUGAGUGUUCUUCAGAGUCUGACAAUGACCAAUGGGGCUGAUGAUAUCUUGCCGGCUUCACCAACAUCUGCAACUAAAGAAAACUCUGUCGAGUUAAUGCAACCUGGGAAGGAUGGGCGGGCCAAUUGUUUGGAGUCCCUGCUUUUUGCGUUUGUCUUAACUAUUCUAGCUGCCGUCUCGUUUGCCCUGGGGGUAAUUGUUCUCAUGUUGAGAUGGUAGGUUUAAUUUUUUUCUUUGAAGUAAUCCUUAUGAUUUUAAGGCGAAAUAACGCAGAAGCAGUCAAUUUCUAA